CUGCCGCGGUGCAUGCCGGGAAGCGACCCCGCGGCCGUCCAGCCGCGUUCAGGACUCGAGGGGAAAAAAACGGAUAUUCCACGAUCCCAACACACGGGGAUCGAUGUCUGCCUGGCCAAGCGGAAUUCAUUGAUGAAUGGCACGCUAAAAGAUCGAUUGUGCCCCUCCUUCCCGACGUCGUCUGACGAAGCUAAUGUAGCCGCAGUAAGCUACCAACUGACCGUGACGUCACAGUCAAGGUCUGAAAAGUUUAGCAUGAUCACCUUCGUCCUGAUGGUCAACCGCCAGGGUCAGACCCGACUCAGCAGGUACUACCGACCGGUCGACGUGAGCCGAAGGACGGCGCUGGAGGGCGACGUGGUCCGGGUGUGCCUGAGCCGCAACAGGGACCAGUGUUCCUUCCUGGAGUACAAAGACUGGAAAGUGGUUUUCCGCCAGUACGCCGCACUCUACGUCGCCAUCGGGGUCACCCACGACGAGAACGAGUUGUCCAUCUACGAGCUGGUGCAGAACUUUGUGGAGGUCCUGGACAAAUACUUUAGCCGCGUGAGCGAACUGGAUAUCAUGUUCAACCUGGACCGGGUUCACGUCAUCCUGGACGAGAUGAUCCAGAACGGCAACAUCGUAGAGACCAACAAGACCAACGUCCUCGCGCCGCUCAACGCCCUGGACAAGAUGGCUGACGGAUGAUGACAACAUAUUUUUUUGUAGUGGAUGCCCUGAGCCUCCCCAUUUUUUAAAAAAAAAAUAAUAAUAAUUCAUCCUUAAAUUAUUCAUUUACUCCAAUAAAUCUAUUUGUAUGUAUGCUAGUGAUGA